AUGCGGCUUUUCCUAAUCGGCCUGCUGGCCCUGGGUUCGGCGAAGGCCUUCUCUGUGGUCCGCACCCAACACCAUCCGCAACUGGUGGCCUAUGCCCCGGCCAGGGGGGAGUUCCCCGUGGUCAGUGGCCUGGCCCAGGGCUACGUCCGCUACUACGAUGGUACGGGCGCCGAGCGGCUGCUGCCCUACAACUAUCCAGAGCCCCUGAACGGCAUCCGGGAUCUGGCCACCUCUAGUCUAAUCCGCUCCGGUGUGGAGCAGGAGAACCAACAGAUCGCCCUGUUCCGCGCUUGGUGCGAGCAGCGCUACCAGGCCAUGCGCCUGGAACUGGACCGCCUGAAGGAACAGGGUCUGAAGCCCACGCCCCAGUUGUUGGCCCAGUUUGAGCCCCUGGAAAAGAUCGUCAAGUUCGCCGCCUUCGAAGCCGUUCCCGGACUGUCUCCCGAGGUCCAGCGUGCCCGAGAUGAGCAGCUGAGGAUCUGGAACGAGGCCAGGCUGGAGGUUCUGCGCGCCGAACAGGCCCAGCAGCUACUUGGUCAGUCGGUGGAGUACCAGUACAAGAAAGAGAAGAUCCCGGUGAUCUAUGGCCAACAGCAGGAGCAGCAAUACCUGGUUAAGACAUCCACGCCACAGGUUGCCAAGCCCAUUGAAACACCGCAAACCCACUCCUAUGGGCAAUUUGCACCCACUCAAGACAACCUGCUGCUCAAAACGGCAACGCAAACUGGUCCUCAGCCCGUGGAGGAGACUCCGGAAGUGAAACUGGCCCGCCAGGAGCACCUCAAGCAGUUCAACGAGGCUCUGCUCCGUCAGCCUGCCCAGGAAGGCAUCAUCCUCAAGACCAUCCCGGGAAUUCAGCAGCCUCUUGUCAAGAGUUCCACAACCACCACUUUUGAAACACAGCCAAUUUCUGGACUCCAGGGCAUCUUCAAGACCAGUAGCUUCACAGAUCAGCAGACUCCACAAGCCAUUGAGGAGACUCCGGAAGUGAAAAGAGCUCGCGAGGAGCACCUCAAGUUAUUCAAUGAGGCCCUGCUUCGCCAGCCAGCUAAUCCCGAAGAACCCCUUGUGAAGACCACACCCAUUCAACCCAAUCUGCCCCAGGGCAUCAUCACCUUCCCAGACCAACAGGCUCCUCAAUCCGUGCAGGAAACCCCAGAGGUCAAACGUGCUCGGGAGGAGCAUCUGAAGCAGUUCAACGAGGCCAUUCUGCGCCAGCCCAUUGAAGUCCAACAGCAGCCCCUGCUUUCCCAGGCACCCAUUCAAUCGUUUAUUCCCCAGGCGAUCCUUAAGAGCCCUAUUGCAGUGUACCAGCCACCACAACCCAUCCAGGAAACUCCGGAGGUCAAGCUGGCACGCGAACAACACCUCCUGCUCCUGAGUCAAGCCAAGGUCAAGGCGGAGGACAAGGUGGCCGACAUUGCGGACAUGAUUCUCCUGGAAGAGCGUGAGCUGGAAAAAGUGCGUCUGCAGGAUCUGGAGCUGCGCAAGCUGGAGGAGAAGGAGGCCCAAAAGGAGCGCCAGCAGGAGGCCGAUCGUCUGCGCGAGGAGACCCGCCUCCUGGAGGCCGAGCGUCUGAAAAUCGAGCAGGAGGAUCGCCUGCGCCUGGAGAGCGAAAAGCAGGAGCUUAACCAGCUGAAAACCGGCAUCACCUACGAGAAGAGCACCCCCGAAUACCUUCGCAAGGCGGAGCAGUUCAAGAUCAUCAACAACCAGGUGCAACCCCAGCAGCAGCAGCCCAAUAUCGUGACCCAACAGCAACAGGUGCAGAAUGGCUUCUUCCUGCGCAUCCAGACCAAUCAGCCCAAUGACAUCCAGCCAUCCCCAACGCCCGUGCUCGUCGAGCAGAGCCCCAAUCCCUUCCUGGUGCGGUACACCUCCAAGCCGGCAGGGAUCCAGGUUCCGCUGCAGACGAUCCUCCCUCUGCCCCAGCCCUCUCCCAUUUCCUCCGAACUGAAAGCCGGCUACAGUUCCACCUCCUCCGCCAGCGAACUGGACAAAGCCACCAGGGAGCACUUCCGUGCCCAUGAGAUCGCUCUGGAGCAGCUGCGUCUGGCCAACGUGAAGAACCCCUGGACCCCCGACUGCCAGCACUAG